UUCACCAAGGUUAGGUUUCUCCUCUGUUUUGCCUUCCGCCGCCAGGGUAAAACAAAUCCCCCUCCUCUCCCCAAGAUUUCCCCUCCAGCCACCGCGCCGCGCCCAGCCCCGCCGCUCCCUGCCACUCCGUCCCGCCGCACGACCCCUGAUCCUCUCACGCUCCGGUUCGAUGCGCCCCAUCGCCCGGCCCUUGGCACUCCCUGCCCGGCCAUGCUCCGGCCCGAUCCGCCCCAUCGCACGGCCUCUGCUCCUCCCCGCUCGGCCAGAUCCGCCCAUACCGCAUCUUCAUGCCCAGCCAUGGCGGCGUGCGUUGAUCCAUGGCUGCGACGGGUGGGGUUUCCAUGGCCACGCCGACCGGUGCGAUGGCAUCGCACCACUAGUGUCGAGGAAACCGUGACACCCUUGGUGGCUGCGCUGCCGGUGGACCAUAGUGACCGCCGGAGAACACUGAGGGCGAGUUCUCGAGCUCGAGCACGAGGUCAUCCCGGGGUCAUAGAGAGCCUCAAGGUGGAGGAGAUAGCUGAAGACGGGGGUGCUGUUGAUGGUAUAAAAGGCGUUAAUAAAAUAGAGUUUUCUGAAGAACAGAGGAGAAAAUAUAGAAAGGUAAGAGAAGAAGGUGAUGCAAAUGCUAUAAAACUUUUGCGACAUUAUAUGAAAAAAAAGACACGAGGCUGCUGUAAGGACCAUAAUGUCACUUUGAUGCUUCUUCCAAGCUUUUGACUCUGGUGGCACCCGACCCAGAUGCUGAAGGGAUGUUCGGCUUCUUUUCAUGGCAUCUAGAACUUCCUUACUCAAUUUGUCACACAUCUCAGGAAGCCAACCGCUUGGGCAGGGCUUGACACUUGAAGACCAUGCAUCUUCUGCAGUGCAUGAUAGAUAACAUGUUACAGUUCUUUUGUAGUAGUAGAUACCUGACCAACAGUGCUAGUCGUGCCAAAUUUUGCAAUAGUUUAUUUUUUGAAUUCUGGCGCUAAAUUGACCAUGAGCCUGAUGUAUGUGUUUGUUGAUAAUAUGAUGUGUAUGAUGAAUUUUGGCUGCAAUUUAUAAAUUUUAAUUA